CGCUAAAGAAACUUCAAAGCACAAACAAAAUAUAAAAACUGAAAACAAACUUAUUCCUCUCUGGAAUCGGAGAGGCGAAAUGACGCCAGUUGGUGAAAGCCUUCGGGAAGCCAAUCGGCCGAUGUGUCUUCUUUCGAUGAAAGCGAAAGUAAACGUGGGGACAUAGAAUGUCCGCACGAUGUUUGAACCCAGUAAGGCAGCCCAGAUUGCAAAGGAGAUGAGAAGGUAUCACAUCGAAGUGCUUGGGAUUUGCGAAAGCAGAUGGAAUGGGAGUGGACUCUCCAAACUGUCAACUGGAGAAUCAAUAACCUACUCCGAUAUUGUCAACCAGACGACAACCACGGGCAUACUGAGUUAUGGAGUGGCUAUCAUGAUGUCCCCAAGAGCAUCGAAGGAUCUCAUGCAGUGGGAACCAAUCUCCUCCUGCAUCAGGAUCAUGACAGCAAGAUUCAACUCAAAAGGAAGGAAGGUCACAAUCACACAAUGCUAUGCACCUACAAAUAAUGCAGAGCAAGAGAAAAAGGAGGAAUUCUACAGACAACUUCAAUCAACACUGGACAAGACGUCAGUUGGCAAUAUCAAAAUUCUAAUGGGCGACAUGAAUGCCAAACUCGGAGCGGACAACACAGGAAAAAAACUAACCAUGGGUCGAGAGGCGCUAGGUGAAAUGAACGAGAAUGGAGAAUUGUUUGCAGAAUUCUGUGCAUUCAACGAUUUGGUGAUUGGAGGCACUGUGUUCAAGCACAAGGGUAUCCACAAAGCGACAUGGAUUUCACCAGAUGGACACACUAAAAAUCAAAUCGACUUUAUCUCAAUCUCGAGAAAAUGGAGACGCAGUCUACUUGACACAAGGUCAAGAAGAGGAACAGAUGUAGGCUCAGACCACUCACUGUCUAGUGCAAGGAACCUUCCAAAUCAAGUUAAAAGCCUCCAAAGAAGUUGGCGAUAGACCACAGUUGAAGUACAACACUCGGAAACUGAAGGAUGAAACUACAAAAGACAUCUUCACGUCAGCCAUCAAGACAAAA